AUGACCAUUUACUUUGUCAUAGUUACCAUCAUUGCUUUGGCUAUAGAUAGCCCAGUGUCUUACCUAACAAGUAUCGUGCCUCUCGGCUUCAUGGUGUUGGUGACAAUGCCUCGACUAAUUCUGGUCUGGAGACAGCUAGAAAUCACCUCCAUUGUGAUUCUCAUUGGACAAUUUUCUGUAUUCAGUUUAGCUGCCGAUCUUCCUAAGCUACCCAAUAACAGACUCUCAGAAGGACAAGACAGGGACCUCCCCAAUGGAGUACCAAUCCACUGCGGAUCUGCAUCUCCAAGGAGGGUCAGCACUACCACUUAUAAAAAUCCAGGACAAGUAUUGACAAGUACAAUCUUCGGAAGAGACGCGAUCACUGCUGGUGCAUUGGGAGAUCCAAACGGACCUAGACCGGGAGCUGGAACGCGCUAUAAAAUGGCAGAAUUCCAUGGAGCUAAAGUCUUGUACGCUCUCGAAAUAGACCCCGCUGGGGAAGCAGCCUACUGGCUCCCUCAAGGCGGUGUCGUAGACAUUCACCAUCAUCCGUCCGACAGACAACCAAAGUACGUGUUCACUCCUGACUUCAGUGGUUGCUCUUGGACCGUCACUCCCGGGUCUAACGGGAUGCUCCGCCUGCAUCACGUCGAAGGCGGCAGGGAGAGAGAACAGUUCAACAGCUUAACAGAAGCUCAGAAAGGGGGACCUAUCACCUACGCCAUACAAUACAAAGACUACGGGUACGUCGUGGAGACUCGCAAGCUGACUAGCAACGUCCCGGCGUACGCUUACAUGCACUACGCUAACGGCCAUUGGACCCAGGGCCGGAUUAAGGCAAUGGGUCUGAGACACAUCACCCCGGUCGUGAUUCUCAUCCUCCAGCUUUAUGGAUUGAGUUUAGCGGCCGACCUGCCCAGACUCCCCAACAACCGGCUUGCAGAAGGCCAGGCCAGGGAUCUGCCCAACGCUACUUCAAUCCGUUGCGGCGCAGCAACUCCUAGAAGAGCCACCGUCUCCGCCCAUAAGACUUUUGCCCAAGUCUUCACGAAUACAAUCUUCGCGAGAGACGCGAUCACAGCCGGAGCAUUAGGAGCUCCCAAUGGACCCCACCCGGCAGCCGGUUCCCACUAUAAAAUAGCUGAACUUCGUGGAGCCAAAGUCUUGUACGCCCUUGAAAUCGAUCCCGCUGGCGAAGCGGCGUACUGGCUUCCUCAAGGCGGUUCUAUAGACAUUCCCAAAAACCCGUCUAAUACUCAACCGCAUUACGUGGUCACUCCUGAUUUCAGCGGUUGCUCCUGGACGGUGCCACUGCGCGAGUUGUACAGAAACCAGGCUGAAGAUGUUCCAGCGCUGAGUAGCAAGAUAAAAGAGGUUCGUAACUCCACCAUCUCUCCCGGCACCAUAGUCCGAGUAAAGGACGGGUCUGAAGUCCCAGCAGACCUGGUUCUGUUGUGCUCUCAAGGAGUAAAGGGAAAGUGUUUCGUGACCACGGCCAACCUGGACGGAGACAGGAAUCUGAAGACACUGAGGGUCCUGCUACCGCUUGUGGGAUGUUCUCCUGAAAAUUUACCAGAAGGUUUACGAAUAGAAAUUCCGAACCCGAUAGCAGAUUUGUACACAUUUUACGGGAGGCUGGAAAUCCCUGGGGCAGAGAGUCUUCCGCUCUCACCAGACAAACUGAUGCUGCGUGGAUCUAGGGUCUUGAACACGGAGUGGGCUCUUGGAUGUGCAGUCUAUAUAGGGGAAGAAACGAAACUGGCUUUGAAUGCCAAAUACGUCAGCAGCAAGUUCUCUUCCUGUGAAUCUGCCACCAACCGUUACAUCGCCAAGAGAUAUAUCGACGUUAACCAACAAUCCAGAGAUAUGUAUCUGGGAUUGGGUGCCACAUUUCCGCAGCCAUUUUCAGGCGUUUUGCAAGACGUGCUUUCAUUCUUGUUGUUAUAUUACUACAUCAUUCCUAUGUCACUCUUCGUUACUAUUGAGUUGUAUAAGUUUAUUGGUGCUUUAUAUAUAGGAUGGGAUGAAGAGCUCCGUUGUAAAGAAACUGGCCUAAGAGCACUUGCAAAUACGUCCGACCUAAAUCAAGAACUAGGACAAAUCGAAAUACUCUUCUCCGACAAAACGGGAACGCUGACAAAGAAUAUCAUGGCCUUCAAAGGUUGUUCAAUAAGAGGAAAUGUAUACGAAGAGAGAAAAAAGUUGCUAUACGACAUAAGUUCUGGAGAGCUGGUGGAUACUGGGCAGCCAGAUGUCCAAUUCUUCUUCUCAAUUCUUGCUCUCUGUCAUACUGCACAGACUUCCACGGCAGACAUGAGUAAGCUUAGUGAAUGGCUAUCAGAGUUAAAUAAGCAACAACCCAAGAAUGAAAAGUAUGUGAAUGGUAAAAUUUCUAAUGGAGAUGGGGUUUUAUGUAAGUGUUCAAGGGAAACGUUCAAUCAUAUAUUUAAAACGAAUAUCCAGUACCAAGCCACCAGUCCAGAUGAGAAGGCUCUUGUCGAAGCAGCGGAUAGAUAUGGUGUAACAUAUCUUGGAGAAGAAGAAAAUCAUAUUUUCGUGAAAACUAAAAUAGAUACUGAAGUGUACGAGAAGUUAGAAACGAUAGAGUUCACUUCUGAACGAAAUAGAAUCUCUGUUCUCGUCAGAGAUAAGACUGGAAAGGUAUACAAGAAGAAUUUAAUGCCUAUUUGAGACUCUUAUCUAACUUUAAUUUUCAAUUUAUUAAAAAAAAAACAAUCUUUUUCUGAAGAGGAAUAUAAGGAAAUUCGAGAAUUAAUAAGAAAACAAAUUGUAAAGACUAUUGAAGAGCUAGAACAAGUAAUCCAACAGUUCAGCAUACUAGAGCGCGACCUGAUCCUUGUUGGGGCAACAGCAGUAGAAGACUCUUUACAAGAUGACGUUGUAGAAACAAUAACGUCACUGUGGAGUGCUGGCAUCAAGUUGUGGAUGCUCACUGGAGACAAGGUAGAAACAGCAUUGAAUGUGGCACAACCAUGUGCUUACAUUUCUGAAAAUACCAAGCAAAUGUUCAUCUUAGGCACGAAAGAAGAAUCUGAUAUAAAAGCCCAUUUAAAAGAAUGUAAAAGAAUAGCACAUGAAGGGCAAUCAAUGGCGUUGGUUGUAGAUGGAGCGAGUUACAACAAAUUUCAGGAAAAGUCGGUAGAAGCAGAUUUUAUCGAAGUUGCGAUGAAGUGUGAUGCUGUAUUGUGUUGCAGAUUGUCUCCAAAACAAAAAGCGAAGAUAGUAAAAUCAGUAAAGAAUAGUCCUGGCCGGCCGAUCACAGCGGCGAUUGGUGAUGGAGCCAACGAUAUCUCCAUGGUUCAAGAGGCGCAUGUUGGCUUCGGGAUCUUCGGCAAGGAGGGCCAUCAGGCUGCCAGAUCUGCAGAUUACGCAAUCCCAAAAUUUUCUAUGCUGCAGAGGGUUCUACUAGUGAUGGGUCAUUGGUAUUACCAAAGAUUCGCUACUUUAAUACAUUACUCGUUCUAUAAGAAUCUAGUUCUGGGGAAUUUAAUGUUGUUCUACCAAAUAAACUGCGCGUUCUCUACCCAGUCGAUCUACGACUCGAUGUACCUGACCAUCUACAAUUUGUUCACGGCACUGCCUUGCAUGGUGCUCUCUGUGACUGAACAGCGGUGGCCUGCAGAUCUACUGCUCAAAAACAUCCAUGGCUCAGUCCUCGGCACGCACACCCGUCUACUGUCUUCAUUCACCUUCUGGUCGUCGUCGCUACGUUGGCACCAGAUUACUUGUACCGAUACCUUUCCGAUAGGAAGGGAAAGAGAUUUGAAAUGA